GCAGAUAGUGGGAACAGCUGGGAAAAGGUUGCUGUGGUAGGAUCUUCAGCAGCGAAAACGAGAAACGCGCAAAGGACGCGCCGAGCCCCAUUAGGUAAGCGUCCCUUUUCUGGCACAAAUUAAAUCAUUGGAUUAUGUUGCACAUUUGCUGUCAAGGACUUUUAGCUACCAGGCCGUGGUGAUCCGAGUUUGGGCUCAAGGGUUUUCUCCCGUCGUCUCAUUGCUCGGAGCAAAAUGCCCCCCAAAGUACGAAAGUAUAAGAAGGAUCCUGCUCUGGACGCAUUCAUGGAGUCAGAAGCGGGUGUCCAGUUGUUCACUGCUUUGACAAAAUGUGCCGACGGCAUUCGCGAGCUAGCGGAGUUUGUUCAGACUGUCCUUCCGCAACACAUAGCACCACCCGUUGUCUCGCUGGCUGAAGACGGAAAGAAAAAGAAACGGCAGAAGAAGGAACGAGAUCCUGACGCGCCGAAAAGACCGAAUUCGCCUUUCCUGACGUUUUCAAAGGAUGUAAGGGCAAAAGUGAUUGCUGCUAAUCCGGAGCUGAAGGGUGCCAAAGUCCAGGAAGCGAUUGGACAGAUGUGGCGAGCACUGGAUGAAACCGAAAAGCGACGCUAUAUAGAGAACAGCGCAGUGGCACGUGAAGAAUACAAACAGUUAACAGGGGAGCGAGCUAUUGCCCCGACGACCGCUGCAAAGAAAUUAGCCCCUCUUCCUGUGACACAGGAAGACAGUUCCGAGGCAGAAUCUGAAGAAGAAGAAGAUUCUGAUGAAGAGGAAGAAGAAGAGGAGGAGGACGUUGUGGCAGCUGGUGCAGAGCUCAAGCUUCCCUCUACUUCCAAGUUAGCCAAUGGAAAGCAAAAGACAACGAAAGCCAAAGUAGUUCCCAAGAAGAAUGUUGUCAAGGCAGAGCCGACACCACCUGCUCCCAUUGCUCCCGCAAAAGCUAAGGAUGCGACUCCAAGUAAAAAGAAGAAGGAGGCCAAUGCAAACGGAACACCAGUGACCAAAGGUGCCACCCCGGCCACUCCAAACACGAGCACACCGAAUAGCAAGAAACGUAAGGCGGAAGCCCAAGUACCACAGACCCCUGUGGACACGGCCGCUGCAGGUGAAGCGAAAAAGAAGAGAAGGGCCAAGAAGAAAAAGAGUAUCUCUGAACCUGAAGCGAUCACGCAACCCGUAGCUCCUUCGCCAAAGAAGAAGCCAAAGCCAGCCAAAGCGAACGUCUGAGACCCUCUGUGGAUUCUGAACAUCUGUCGAGUGGGCAGUGCUAGCUUUUUUUUUGCACAUUGCUGUUUAAUGCUACUUGUUCUAAGGAUAGUAUUUGUCGUUCGAACGAAGGUGAUUGUAACCACUAUAGCAUGAAUCUACACGCCAGUCCCUAUGUACACCUCUACAUAAAUGCCCCGUCAGAUUCUCUCUCAA